CGCUGUCAGAAUCGGAUUGGGCCGCGGCGAGGACGGAAGCGGCGCAAGAGUCCGAGCGGCUGGAGCCGGGCUGGGGCGAUGUGGAGCGCGGGCUGCGGCGGGUCUGCCGGGCCGGUGCUGUUGGGGCUGCUGCUGGCGCUCUUAGUGCCGGGCGGUGGUGCCGUCAAGACUGGCGCGGGGCUCGUGACCUGCGGGUCGGUGCUGAAGCUGCUCAAUACGCACCACCGGGUGCGGCUGCACUCGCACGACAUCAAAUACGGAUCCGGCAGCGGCCAGCAAUCGGUGACCGGCGUGGAGGCGUCGGACGACGCCAAUAGCUACUGGCGGAUCCGCGGCGGUUCGGAAGGCGGGUGCCCGCGUGGGUCCCCUGUGCGCUGCGGGCAGGCGGUGCGGCUCACGCAUGUGCUUACCGGCAAGAACCUACACACGCACCACUUCCCUUCGCCGCUGUCCAACAACCAGGAGGUGAGUGCCUUUGGGGAAGAUGGCGAGGGUGACGACCUGGACCUAUGGACAGUGCGCUGCUCUGGACAGCACUGGGAGCGUGAGGCUGCUGUGCGCUUCCAGCACGUGGGCACCUCUGUGUUCCUGUCAGUCACGGGUGAGCAGUAUGGAAGCCCCAUCCGUGGGCAGCAUGAGGUCCACGGCAUGUCCAGUGCCAACACGCACAAUACGUGGAAGGCCAUGGAAGGCAUCUUCAUCAAGCCUAGUGUGGAGCCCUCUGCAGGUCACGAUGAACUCUGAGUGUGGGAUGGAUGGAUGGGUGGAUGGUGGCAGGUGGGGUGUCUGCAGGGCCACUCUUGGCAGAGACUUUGGGUUUGUAGGGGUCCUCAAGUGCCUUUGUGAUUAAAGAAUGUUGGUUUAUGA